ACUACAUGAAGGUCAAACUCAAGAACCGGAUUUGGAGUGAUAUAGCAAAGAAUCUGAAUUUGAAAGACGGGGAAGAGACAAAAAAUUCGUGGCUGAAGCUGAGAGGCAGCUAUCGAGAUGCACGACGACGACAGGUGAAAUAUAUGAAAAGCGGAGCUGCUGCUGAGAAUAUCAAGCCGUGGAGAUAUCAAAACCAGAUGUCAUUUCUUGAACCUUUUAUGACAGCUGGUCCACGUGAUAGUAGUCUAGGUGAUGACAGUGAUCACAGCUCGCAAGCUACAACUAAAACAUCAGCAAGAAGUGAUACACUGGAAACCGAGGAAUUAGAAGAUAACAACUCACUCGACAACGAGGCGAAUGAGCAAAGUCAAGAUAUUAAUAACUACGACAGCAACAAAGUAUCUAGUAGGAGCAUAGGAACGGAGUGCAUAGCACAUCACACCGCUACUUCGACUCCAGUUAUUCAAAGAAAUUAAUCAAGGAAAAGAAAACAGGAAGACGUUGUAAUUCUGCUCUGCUAAAACAAUCAAUGCAACAGCGUGAGGACAGAGCAAGACAAAGAGCAGAAGAAAGAAGAGCAUUGGAGUCACACUGUAUCAAAGAUGACCCUCUUUACAAUUUUUUUAUCUCUAUGUAUCAGCUGACUAAAAACAUGUCUGAAAGUUACCAACACAGAAUCAGAGGUCAACUUUUCCAGGCUGUGUCACUUGCAGAAGAAGAAAUAAUGAACGUAAGGACCCAGACACCUUCGAUGUCAUCUUCUUCAAAUAAUUCAGCGCCAUACAGUACAGCACCUUUUUCUCACUCUUCAUCGCCAUAUAUAUCGACUGAUUCAGACCAACAGACAGCGUCUCACUAUUCAGAACAGCAGCAGAUGGAAGAUUUGAAGGUCGACACAACUGAAUCCGAUUUGUCUAAUAUCACCGAUUUUGUUCACCGUUUUCAAGAAAUCUAAAGGGACCAUCACAAUUAUGUUUGCUUAAGACUUUAAUUCUUUUUUGUAUCAGCAUUUUGUGUAUUUUUCGUUUUCUUUUCUGAGUAGUUUUCGCUGCACCGAUCCAGAUUUUCGUUAAUUAUAAAUUAACAUUCUUUGUUUAUGAACAUGUAUUAUUGCAAUAAAACACUAACAAGAGAAAUUUGGUAAAAAAAAUUUUAAAAACCCACUCCAGCUAGCAGAAC